AUGGCAGCAGUAAUCACACUAUACCCUACAGUGACCCUUCCAUCCUACCACAGAAUCGUCUCCCCAACCUUGAAGAUUCCUACAGAUACCCGACGACCAAUACCCGUGGGUCUCCUGGCAUGUCAACGCGACCCGCUCUUGCGCGAACUGGAAACAUCGAUUAUCAGCUGCACGAUCUCACAGCCUGCUUCCUUUCCCAGCGUUAAGAAAGGAAAGAAGGCAUCGACACCAGCAUCGGCCGAUCAACCUACACUUGAGGUCAUACUGCAUGAUACUGUCAUCUUUCCGGAGGGCGGGGGUCAACCAUCAGAUACAGGUGUAAUCAAGACAGCUGAUGGACGUACAUGGACGGUGACUCAGGCCAAACGACACGGUGGACAUGCAGUUCACUACGUCCGGGUUGAUCAAGCUGAAGAUGGUCUUGCUUCCCUCACCCCUGGGACCAACAUCACUGUUUCUCUCGGAGAGCUCGAUUUCGAUCGCAGAUAUGACCAUAUGUCCAUGCACACAUCACAGCAUCUCCUUUCUGCGGUGCUUGAAAAUCGUCUCGAUAUUCAUACCCUUUCUUGGUCGCUCACGGCUGCACCGGCACCCUCUUACGUCGAACUGGCCAGAAGCAUGACCACGGAGGAAAUCUUGGCCAUACAGAGCGAAGCCAACAAACUUGUAUUUGAGGGACGGAAAGUCCACGUAGAGGUGCAAGAAAUGGAUGAUAAACCACAACCUGCGGUACCUGUAUUAGAAAGUGGUCGUGCCGUAGGCAAAGGCGUCCCGAUUGACUACACUGGAGGCAUCAUGCGAACAGUAAUCAUUGACGGAGUAGAUCGCAACCCAUGCUGCGGCACCCACCUUCCUACCCUUCACAACCUUCAACUUUUCAUCAUACCCCAAACGGAGGCCCUUUCUAGGUCGGCUACCACGUCUGCUCGCCUGUAUUUCCUCGCUGGACCGCGGCUCAUCACCUACCUCACAUCUACGCACUCCCAACUCACUGCUGCUGCUGCCACGCUCAGCUGUGGCGCUCCGCAAGUCCCAGAUCGUAUAGGUCAAGUCGUGGAUGAGCGGAAAAGAGCUGAGAAGAGAGUCGAUGACCUUGAGUUCGAACUUGCAAAACAUGUCGCAGGUGACGUUUGGCAAGAAAUGAAGUCAUCUGAAGCAGCCCUAUUUGUCAAACAUGUGCACCGGACAGAUGAUUCUGUCAAUCCUCUCGGAUUUUUGUCAGCAAUAACCACUGCUUUCGCAAAUAUCAUCCCAGCAGAGCAACCGUUCGUGCUGGUAUUUUCGUCUUCUCCGUCGUCCCAGACAAGCGCAAGCGCAAGCGUGCUGCUAGUCUUCGGGUCAGACGAGAAAUAUGUCAAGCUGGCUGGGGACUUGCUCAAAGGCAAACUGAACGUCAAAGGAGGAGGUAAGGGCACGAGAUGGAGUGGUAAAUUUACUGGCGUUUGGAGAGAAGGCCGCGAGGAUGCUGUCGUUUCCGGAGUCCUUCAAGGGGUUUCGAUGUAG